CAAGUGAUAAUCUGUAAGCUAUGAAUAAUUUAAUGGGAACAGGCUGCUAUGAACACAACAAAUAACAGCGACCCACACCUGCUGAUGUGAUUGUCCAGGUCAAGAGACAGCAUUGCAUUUGCAGUUGGUUGGUGGCGUGGAAAUAAAACGUGGAAAGUGCUUACCUUUGCUGCCUCAGUUCAUCAACAUAUUCGACUAAAUUGACCUUGAGCUGAAUCAGCAUAGAGUAAUGCGUGUAAUGAAUCUAUUUAUUUGUGUGUGUGUGUGUGCAUAUAUAAAACACCAGGAGGAACAUCAGCAGCAGUAGUGAUGUAUAUGAAGCUUUGAUGUUUCACUCUGGCUCUCACACCUGUGCCUGUGUCACAAAGAAAGAGCAAACUAUGUCGCCAUGCAGAGGAUGAUGCCAUGUCAGAGGUCCUCACCGUAGAUGCUAUUUUGUUUGGGCUCCUGGUCUUUUCUGGCAUCCUAGGAAACAUCUUGGUCAUCCAUGUGGUGUUUCAGACAGCCAUUCAGAGUCCGUCUCGACGGCUCCCUCCCUCCGACACUAUUUUGGUGCACUUGUCACUGGCAAACCUGCUGACCUCACUUUUCCGCACAGUUCCCAUCUUUGUGUCGGACCUUGGCUUGGAUGUGUCUCUGUCUCCAGGCUGGUGCCGAGUCUUCAUGCUGCUGUGGGUGUGGUGGCGAGCUGUGGGCUGUUGGGUGACUCUGGCUCUUAGCGUCUUCCACUGCACUACCCUGAGGCGGCAGCAUGUCAUCUUUGGACCUCUUGCACAGCAGCGGGAGAGGCGGCGAGUUUGGAUUGUUCUGGGCCUUGUGUGGGGGGCUAAUCUUGCCUUCUCUAUCCCCGCUCUGGUAUAUAGCACCCAUGUUCACGGCAAUGCCACUGUGGAGCUGAUGGUGAUCAGCUGCACCACCAGGCCUCUGCUGGGCUGCAUCUGGGAGUUUCCCUCCAGUGAACAGGGCUCAGCUUUUGCCUCCAGCUCAUUGGCACUCAAUGAGGUGUUGCCACUGGUGCUGAUGAUUUUCACCAACCUGGCCACCCUGCACGCUCUGGCAAAGCACAUCAGAGCCGUCACCUCAGGGGGAGACUCUGGAGGAAGCCAUGGGGAACUGGACAAACAUGUGUCCACUGAACGUAAAGCAGCUCAUGUAAUCAUGUCACUGGUGUCACUCUUCGUGGUCUGCUGGGCCCUACAGGUCGCUGCAGUGACGUACUACAACCAUGAUGGAGGACACCAUGCUGAAGGGCUGCUGACUGUAUCUCAUUUCUCUGCCUCACUGUUUGUAGGAUUCAGUCCCAUGGUGGUGGCCCUGGGACAUGGCAAGCUGAGGAGGAAAAUAAUGGGUAUGAUACUUGGGUGGUGUAAAAUUGUUAAAUGUCACAAUGCAGACACCGAAGUUGGGAAUGACUCCUCAGAAGCUAGAGAAAAGAAAGGAAAACAAACAAUAUUUGUUGUCCAAAAAGAACAAGGUCAUCAUAAAUGUGGAGGAAACAAAUGA